AUGGGUAUUUAUCUUAUUGUUUCGGGUUCAUUUGCUGAAGAAGUCGUUCCACAAAUCUAUGAAUCUUCAAACCUCGUACAAAUCUUUCUUUUUUGUGGAUCAGUUAGUGCUUAUUCGGAAUGGGGAAUGGAUUAUUGUGAUAAAAUGAUGAUAUUUGAUCAUGGAGACGAUCUCUUAGAACGAUUAUGGAAUGAUUUGGACACCAAAUUACGAGAACAAGCGACACAAUGUUUAAAACGUGCUGAGGAGUAUAAGCAACGAGCUUUACAAUAUAAACGACCAUGUGGUUGA